AUAAAAACAAACGGCGCCUAGCUAGCAGACUACGAACAAGGAUGAAUAAGACGGAUGAAUUAUGCGAGAUCUUGAGGAAAGCAGUGAGACUAAUGAUGACCUGUAACCAGCUGCUCAUGGACACCCAAUGAUCAUGAUCGUCUGUUUGUCCAUCAAUGACAGUACAAUGUUGAUUAACAGUUAAACCAGACUGGGCUGAAAAUGAGUGAAAACCGUAGCCAGGAGAAAGGCGCUGCAUCUUUUUACAUUCCUGUUGAACAAGAUCCGACGAACAGCUCUGAGGUCAAUGGUCACUGCUUGGUGGGAUCUCCAGUUAGGUCGACGUCUGUCGCAUACAGUCAGCAUAGUAGUGAUGAGUGUUUGGUACCAGAUGUCGACCCAUCAGAGAGUGGGUUUUACCUGGAAGAUGAUGUAGACAUCAACCAGCGAACAGUUACUUCAUUUGGAGGGCUUUCCAUUGAUACCCAGGACAGCGCACGCUACUAUGAUGCUCCUUUUGACUGUGGUAACAUCCAGUUCUCAAAUGUGCAUAGCCAGAAACCAGACAUAGAGCCGAAGCGACACUAUGUGUGUAUCCCUAGCGACACAUCGAGCUGGGAUGUCACACACUUCCUUGGUACUUACUGGAGAAUGCGAAGUCCAAAGAUUGUACUCUCUGUAAUAUCAGGGGUGAGGCAUUUCAAACCAUGGAAAAAUCUCCGAUUAAAGGAACAGUUUCAGAAAGCUAUUAUCAAGGUAAGCCAAGAAGAAAGUUGA